AAAUAUUCUCUCAAUAGAGUGUGACGGAGAGAUUCUUCUUCCAGGCUCGCUCUCUCAUUGUCUUCUUCUUCCUCCAGUAUCAAAUCUCUCUACCACAGCUUCGCUCUAGAGUUUCCGUCUUCCUUCUCGGAUCUCUGUGAGCCACAAGGAGAUUGUGAGGAUGUCAAGUGGUAGAAACACACACUGGUGUCACAGAUGUCAACGUGGUGUAUCCCUUCGUGGUAGAGACUCUCUCUGUCCCUAUUGUGGAGGAGGUUUUGUGGAAGAAAUCGAUGCAACACCUCAUAGUAUCCCCUUAGAUAUGCUUAGAGCUCACAGAGAUGUUGAGCGUGAUCCAACCUUUGAUCUCAUGGAAGCCUUCUCAGCUUUUAUGAGAAGCCGCUUAGCUGAAAGAAGCUACGACCGAGACAUCACUGGAAGACUUGGUGGCUCUGGUCGUUCUGAAAGCUUUUCAAGUAUAGCUCCUUUCUUGAUCUUCGGUGGCCAAGCUAAUAAUCAUACUUCAGUUGAAGCCUUACUCAACGGCUCGCCUGCCAUUGGUAUCACUCGUGGCAACAACACCAAUGCUGGAGACUACUUCUACGGACCAGGUCUUGAAGAACUGAUUGAACAGCUUUCAUCAGGGACUACUACUCACCAUAGAGGUCCACCACCUGCAGCUAAAUCAUCUAUCGAUGCAUUACCAACCAUCAAGAUCACACAGAAGCAUCUCAAGUCAUCAGACUCUCACUGUCCCGUUUGUAAAGACGAGUUUGAGUUGAAGUCAGAAGCUAAACAGAUGCCGUGUAAACAUGUUUAUCAUUCUGACUGCAUUGUGCCCUGGCUGGUUCAGCAUAACACGUGUCCGGUUUGUCGUAAAGAGUUACCUUCAAGAGGCUCGUCUUCAAGCACACAGAGUGAUCAGAAUAGAAGUACUAAUAGAAGAAGGAACAUUUUCUCUAAUCUAUGGCCGUUCCGCUCGUCUAGCUCAAGCUCCACACAGAACCGUAGAGAGACAAACAACACAGCUAUUGCAGAAGAAGGCCAGUAUAAUCAUCAUCAUCAUCAUCACCAGCAACAACAUCAGCAGCAACAAUCCAAUAUGGGUUAUAGUGGAUGGCCUUUUGAUUAUUAAAGGGUUCUAAUCUAAAUACUUAACUCCUUGUUAAGGCUUUGUAUCUCACUUUGGUCUUUUGUAUUUUGUUUGAAUACUUUUGUCUUGUUCUGCACUUUUUUCAGUUACUGGUAGAUCUUAUCUUUACGUGGCUUAUGGUUUAUCAACUUUGUGUUUUAUUCAGUGGAAUAUAUAUCACACAUGUUAGCAUGUUACUGAAUUAGUAUUAAAACAAUUUAUGUCUCUUUUAUAGAUGAAUGAAUGUAUAUGUUUCGGCUGGCG